AUGGAUGGUAUCUGGAACUCUCUGCAGAGGCUCUUCUUCACGUCGCCGCGCAAGGAGGGCGAGGAUGGAAAGCCUGCGCCAACAAGCCAACCGAGCGGCGCGCCUUCUAACAGGCAGAUACAUGCCAGAACUCUGCCAGGACUUCCAACAGACUCUUCAAGUAAUGCUAGUGACGCCGCUGACUGCUGCCGCUUCCUCGCCCUUCCGGCAGAAUUGCGCCUUCUCAUCUACGAGGUCCUCCUCUCUUUGUCUUCGCGACUGCCGAAGAAGCAGCUCCUGCUGGAACCAGCACUUUUGUCAAGCUGCCUUCAAGUACGCCGCGAGAUGCUCCCACAGUAUGAGCAGUACCUGCAAGAUCUCUACACGGCUGCCGAAUUAGAGGACGAAUUGUAUGAGCGCGAGCAUUUGGAGCUUCGCGCCGAUAUUCGUACUGGAGAUGAAGAGACGGCAGAGAGGGCCUUGAGUCGGGUGUUCACGAUUACAUCAAUGCACUUGAGCCAGGUUCACUACAUGGGCGCUUUGCGCACGCGAAUGUUCAAGUUGAAUCUCGAGAAGGGUUACCCGAAGAUCGGUAAGCGGGAAAUGCAUGGCGCGAACCAUGGCGCCAGCGAGGCAGGAAAGAUGGACGGAUGAUUGACGAAUUUGUGCAAGCGGGAGACGUGUUCGCGAUGCACUCGGUAAGGCUAUGAUGCGAUCGCAUGAUUUGGCUACCUUUACGCUUGGGGAUUAUUUCUCUCAUUGCUCGCAAGAACUCAAACGAGGAACCAGCAUACACUCUGGCUUCACCGGAGGUGGGGGGGGGGGGGGUGGAGGCAAGUGGGAAAGGUGCUCAAAGAAGUGCAGUCGGCGAAGAGAAUAGAGUUCUGGCAAAUUGUCCCAGCGUUACAACGAGGACAUGCAAGGCCCGAAGCUGAUUUGACAACAAACAGCAAAGCUGUAGAUGUCAAGCUCCGCAUGUGCCGUCGGGCAGUUGCGCUUCUUCAAACGUGAUCUCCGUCAUCAUCCCCAGCAUAUUUCAACACUGAGACAUCCGCAAAGUAGAGCCUCUUUAUCCCUUGCACUAGCCGAGAAAUUGGCGACGAUUAAGCCAUCGUGGACCCACCAGACUAAGCAGCCACUAAAUCUUCUUCGCAUGCUCGAUGCCACCUGCGCGAGCUUCCAGCGGAGCUCCACCUUUAUCAGCAAGCAUGUGAAUGCCAAGCCCCGCACGUGCCAACCCUCUCGUGGCUUUUCUCCCGUCCCACAGUAAUCGCACCAAACUUUCAACUGCAUCCUCCAACAACACAGGCACGAAACUCAAGAAGACGGCACCAUCACCCACCAACCUGCCCGUUACAUCUCCAAACAUCAUGGGCGAAUGCUCCACCGCCACCGAGAAAUGCCACCUCCUAUCCCUCCCAGCCGAACUCCGAAUCACCAUCUACGAGACGCUUUUCUCCAGUCUGUCACCACCUCACACAAUCGCUACCAUCCAGCCAGGCCUCAUGAACGCCUGUCACCAGAUCCGCUUCGAGAUGCGCUCUGCCUACAAAGCGUAUCUACAGAACAACAUGGCCGACGUGAGAGAAGAGAUAAAGAGGGAAAGGGAACGCUUGGAUCAGAACCUUCGAGAUUCGAGAAGUGGAGACCGAAGAAUAGCGCAUGCGGCCAUUAUCGGGAUACAACAGCGCGACCCUUAUCGGGUGAGGCAGAAACUUGCCAAAUUCGAGGCCGAGUUGAAGAGGCUGGUUUCAGAGGAACGGCGCCAGGCUGGACUUUGA